AGAAUUCCUUGCAAUACUACCAUCUCAAUCUCCCCUCUAAUACAGCACAAAUAAUUUAACCAACCAUGCUGCAGCAAGCCACCGGGUCUGGCCCUCACGUCGCGGUCCUAGCCUUCCCCUUCGGCACCCACGCUGCUCCACUCCUCACCAUCACCAGCCGCCUAGCCUCUGCUGCCCCUCACACUUUGUUUUCAUUCUUCAGCACUGCGCAAUCCAACGCCUCCCUCUUCUCCACGUCCCACCACAAUAAUAUAUUACCAAACAUCAAAGCCUAUAACGUUUCGGAUGGAGUGCCGGAGGGCUAUGUUUUUGUUGGGGAGCCGCUGGAGGAUGUUGAACUGUUCAUGACAGUGGCGCAGGAGAAUUUCAGGAAAGGAGUAUUGGAAGUGGCAGUGGCAGAGACAGGGAGGAAACUGAGCUGUUUGGUGACUGACGCUUUUCUUUGGUUUGGCAAGGAGCUGGCAGAGGAGAACGGUGUGCCUUGGGUACCUUUUUUUGUUUCAGGAGCUUGCCCCCUUUCUUGCCAUGUUUAUACUGAUACCAUAAGGCAAAACUUUGGAGUUGGAGGCAUUGUUGGGCGAGAAGAUGAAACCCUCGACUUCAUUCCUGGAAUGUCUAAUAUACGCAUCCGUGACUUGCCUGAAGGAAUCCUCUUUGGAAAUCUGGAAUCAAUCUUCUCUCGCAUGGUGCACCGAAUGGGGCAAGUGCUACCUGAGGCAGUUGCAGUCUUCAUAAACUCCUUUGAAGAACUAGACCCUGUGGUUACAAGUGAUAUGAAAUCCAAGCUCAAGAACUUCUUAAAUGUUGGACCUUUGACCCUUUCAACACCACCAGCACCAGCAGUUCCAGAUUCUUAUGGUUGCCUAACAUGGCUUGAUAAGCAAAAGCCUGCAACAGUAGCAUAUAUUAGCUUUGGCUCGGUCGCAACGCCACCGCCAAAUGAACUCGUAGCACUAGCAGAAGCAUUAGAAGCUAGCAGGGUUCCUUUCAUAUGGUCUUUAAGAGACAAAUCGAAGGUGCAUUUGCCUAAUGGGUUCUUAGACAGGGCCAAUGGCAUCUUGGUGCCAUGGGCUCCCCAAAUAGAUGUGCUAGCUCAUGGUGCUGUUGGGGUGUUCAUAAGCCAUGGUGGUUAUAACUCCAUGCAAGAGAGCAUGUCGAGUGGGGUGCCAAUGAUCGUCAGGCCAUUUUUUGGGGACCAUGGGCUCAACGGACGAAUGGUAGAGCACGUUUGGGAGAUUGGUGUGAUUGUUAAGGGUGGAAUUUUCACAAAGAAGUGCGUCACAAGUUGUUUGGAUCUAGUUUUAGCACAAGAAAAGGGGAAGAAUAUGAGGGAGAAUUUGAAGGUACUCAAGGAACUCGCACAAAGAGCAGUUGGACCAGAAGGUAGCUCAACUAAAAAUUUCAAGCAAUUGUUGGAUUUUGUAUGUAGCUAGGUCAUCUCUAUGUUUACCACUCCAGGGGAUUGGUAAAUAGCUAGGAUUACCAUAUAAAUCAGUAAGGAGUUCUUAUGAACUUCUGUUUAAAUAUAGAGUAGUGCACUACUUUUAGUCAUAUUUGUUUUUCUUCUUUAGUUUUAAAGCUGGAAAGACAUUAAUCAAUGUACUAGUUACCUUUUAAAUGUUAAUUAUUGAAUCUA